GAUUUCAUAUGUUGAGUGAUUUCAGAAUGUUUUGGCGAGCGGUCGCUUUACUAGUUUUGCUGGACGUUGCUCUUUCAGCUUCUAUCAUCGAGGAAUUACCAGGAUUUCACGGUCAUCUUCCCUUCAAACUUGAAACUGGGUAUAUUGGAGUGGGUGAUCUUGAUGAAGUACAGCUUUUCUACUACUUCAUUGCUUCUGAGAGGAGCCCAAAACAGGAUCCUCUCCUUCUGUGGCUCACUGGAGGUCCUGGUUGUUCUGCUUUCUCUGGACUUGUAUAUGAAAUUGGUCCAUUAUCUUUCAACUAUGUAAAUUCUAGUGGAAACAAACCACAAUUUUCUUUGAAUCAGUAUUCAUGGACAAAAGUUGCCAAUAUAAUAUUUUUGGAUCAACCUGUUGGUAUGGGAUUCUCUUAUGCAAAAAAUUGGAAAGGAUAUAGUGUCAUCAAUGAUACACUAUCAGCCACAUACACAUACAAUUUCCUGAUAAAGUGGCUCAUGGCUCACCCAGAGUUUCUUGCAAAUCCCCUUUAUAUCUCUGGAGAUUCUUAUUCUGGAAAAAUCGUUCCAAUAGUUGCCAAGAAAAUAUCGGAAGGUAACGAGAUCGGAAGCGAGCCAAUGAUGAAUCUAAAAGGAUACGUGCUUGGCAACCCAGCUACAGAUGUUAAAAAAGACUUCAAUGCAAGAGUUCGGUUUGCUCAGCUGAAGGCACUCAUAUCAGAUGAACUCUAUAAGUCGACAGAAAGAAAUUGCAAGGGGAAGUAUGUUGAUGCAGAUCCAAACAACACACUAUGCAUCAAAGAUCUUCUACAAGUCUAUGGGUGCUUAGAAAAAGUGAAGAUGGCACAAAUAUUGGAACCUCAGUGUAGUACUUUAUCCCCAAAACCAAAGUCGACAAUAAAGUGGGAUUCAAGCAUUCUCAUAGAGGAUUCUGAAUAUUUUCUAUCCUUGCCUCAACCUCCUCCUGAGCCAUGGUGUCGGAAUUAUAACUAUCUGUAUUCUUAUAUAUGGGCUAAUGAUAAACUUGUCCAAAAGGCUCUUCACGUAAGAGAGGGGACUAUAGAGAAGUGGAUAAGAUGCAAUGAUUCCUUAGUUUACACAGAAAAUGUCAUAUCUGUCUUCGAUUACUAUCGAUACCUUAUCAAAAAGGGGUAUAGGGCUUUCGUUUAUAGAUAAAAAUAAUUUGCAAUUUUAUAUUGGUAAUUGGUAAUGUUACUAUUAAGAUUCAACCACAUAAAACAUUAAUUUACUUUCUCCAAGCACAUAUAUGCAGUGGUGAUCAAGACAUAGUAAUACCAUAUGUGGGUACACAGGCUUGGAUAAAAUCUUUGAAUUUGACAAUUCAAAUAUGAUUGGCAACCAUGGUUUGUCGAUGGCCAAAUUGCCGGGUACACAAGACAGUAUUACGAAAUUCCAUCUAGCUUCACAUUCACGGCUGUGAAGGCAA